GUUAUCUAAUUCGUUCAGAAUGACGAUUGGCGUGACUUACAUUCCAAAGUAUUGAAGAUACUCAGCUUGGCUUCGGAUAAUCAUAAAACGAUAGAAUUAUUGAAUAGUAUUGGUGGUAUUCAAAGAAUUUAUAAAUACAUGGAAAAUACAUCAAAUUCAAAACUAUUUGCGGAUGCUUUUGAUGUUGUCAUUCAUUUUGCUGAUAUUCAUAUUGGAAGAAAGGCAUUAUAUUUGAAUGGAAUUGUUGAUCAUUUGAUUAAUACAUUACAAAAAAUUGUACAACCUGAUAUGUAUCUUACAAUAUGUUAUGGCAUUGGCAAAAUGGUUUUGUAUGGUCCUGCUAAUGAAAAAUUAUCUACCGAAAAUGUUAUCAAAAAUAUUUUAGAUGUAUUAAAGAAUGAUAAUUUAAAAUGGAUUACGAGGAAAUCGGCGAUGUUUGCGCUUAAUGAAUUAUUCAAUAGCAAUGCGGAUAAUUGCGAGAAUUUCUUGAAACUUCAUGGCGAGGAUUAUUUAAUAUGGCUGAUCAAACAAUCAUACGAAAAUGUACCAUUAGAAAUUCGACUGAUAGCUGUUCAAGCACUGAUCGUUAUAGGAAAUCAUUCGACGUUGAAAAAUUUUGUGAUUAAAGAUGAAACUAUAGAUGCUUUGUGUACACUAUUCGAGGUAGAUUGCCCAAGCAUGGACGAAUUUAAAGUAAUUUCUUGCCAAGCUCUUUCAAUGUUCUGCGUUGAUAAAAUCGGAAGGGAUGCAUUUCUCAAAAUUCACGGUCCGUCUAAAUUAUAUUAUUUACUAUCAGAUUUGCAUUCUAUUCCGGUAAGAAAUGCUGCAGUUCAAUUAAUUCAAUUAUUAUCCGCUGAUCCAGUUUUGGCAAAUGUAUUCGUACAGACAAAGUAUUUGUCAUAG